AUGCCGCGGCAAAGGAACGGUUUCAUUGACCGGUCGACGGCAAAGACAUAUCAGCUUGUCCAUACCUCUGGAGGGGAUGGAGGCACUGAAAAGCACGUGUUCGUACCAGUCAAUGACGCAGCUGCCGCUCAAAGGCAUGACGAAUCAUCUGCCUCUUUCUUGCAUGAAUCAAUUCAUGAUGCGAAAAUUGCUGGAGAUGCAAUAGACGGGUCGCAAUGGGAUCAAGAAUACGUUCGGACCGAGUUUGAGCCGGGCGAGUACGGAUGUCCUAAUGAUGGCUACGACUACUCCAAACAUUUUAAGGUCAUUGGGGGUGGGGGCGGCGUUUUUAUGGACGGGAUUACAGGAAAGCCCAAUCCAGACGCAGUGACGGGUUCCUCAUCGAAGAGGAACACGGUGCGCAGCAAGGACGGGGUUUUGCUGAGGGAUGACGUAGCAGAAUUUGACAAAGAGUUUCCAGAGAUUUUGCAGACGACUAAGGAUGACAUUGUUCGUACACAGGCGGCUAUCAGAGAGAUCAAAGCGGAGAGAAAGAAAAACAAAGAUCUGGAUGAAGUGUUCGCGGCCCUGGACAGUGAAGGCGAACUCGACUCCUCAUCCCAGCGAGAUGGUGAUUUGGAUGUGGAGAGCGCAGACGAUUUCUUCAAUGAAGCAGGGCUAAGCGGAUCGAAUGAUCUAUUAGAAGAUGAUUUCAUCACUACCGCCCAACAGAUUUGCGAAAGAGAUGAAGUCAAGACAGGUCCGCUGGACGGCAUUGUGAAGGAGUACCGCGAACCCCGGCUUUUGGAUGAGCAGUUUGAAAAGUUUAUGCGAGCCAGUGAAGAUGUCAGCAACGACGAGGAUGGAGAGUCUGAAGAGUUCUUUCAUGAUAGUGCUGCGAACAAUGUCGGGGAUGUGGAUGACGUACACGCGCACCUUACAAACAACGAACUCGAAAAUCUAUUCGGAGGUGAGGAAGGAUUCCUCGAUGAACUCUCCAACUUGCAAAUCAGCGAGACUGUUGAGGGCGAUGUGGGCGCGGAAGACGGCGUCGAACAUUUGGAGUCCAACUGUAGUGAAAGAAGAGCAGAUCCGGAUCGUGUGGCAGAGUACGAAGACAUCACAAAUGCGGAAUUCGAGCGUGGUCUAGAUGGUGUCCUGGAUUCAUUCAGCCGAGUGCCGAUGGAGGAGGUCCUAGGUUCUCGCCAGGGAGUCGAAAAGGCUUUUGAGGCUUUGGAGCGAAAUGACCGCGAGGAAGUGGCGAGGCUCGACAAGAGAAUAGAAGAAGGGUUGGACGAAGAGAGCGAUGGACAUGAUUCGGACCUUGACACUAAGUUUGACGUAAUGUAUGAACAAAAAGGAGAGAAGUGGGACUGUGAAACGAUCGUCUCCACAUACAGUAACCUCGACAAUCAUCCUAGCGUCAUAGACGCUCCCUCAUCUACGAAGCGGAGAUCAGUGGUGAAGCAGCCCGUGAUACGACUAGAUCCGCGUACACAAGCCCCGGAGGGCUACAUGCCGUCUGUGAGGGCCAAUGCUUCAGAAGCAGCACCUGUCGAUUUUGGUUCCUCACGACGCGAAGUAGCUCAAAAAACUCAAGCGCGGGACCGAGGGGAGUCAAAGGAAGAUAAACGGGCGAGAAAGGCGGCAGCCAAGGAGGCUGCCCGUGAGCGGCGUGCAUUAAAGAGUGAGAUGAAGAAGGCUUUCGGAUCGGAAAGCGUCAAACAAAAUCGGCAUGCGACGGCGAUAGGGACUUCGAAGGUAGCGAUGAAGUUUUAGCUGAACGAAAAACUGCUCAGUGGAUUAGAAUUGUACAGAACUGAAUAUUUCCGAAGUUGAGCUUAACUUGUUUGGUUCGGUUUUGUGACGUAACGUUAGUAUAAAGCGAAAGCUUAAGAAAGUCCACAAGACCGCGUGCUAGAAAACCGCAAUUCUUCUUCGCGA